UUGCAGUUUGAGAGCAGUUCCGGGCAGGGAGGUGCCUUUGGGGCCCUCACAGACUUGGCCUCUAGCAGUACGGAACUACAAGUCCCAGGGUUCCUAGCGACCGCCCGUAGUCAAGUUGCCGGUGGAAUUGGCCCAGGAUGACAGCUGGAGAAUGGAGUCAGGUAUGGGGAGCGGCUUUGAGUGGAACCGUGUGAAAGAGCCGGGUUUUAUCCAAGUAUGAAAACCAGAUUACUAUUUUCACUGACUACCUAGAAGAAUAUCCAGAUACAGAUGAGCUGGUAUGGAUCUUAGGGAAGCAGCAUCUCCUUAAAACAGAAAAAUCUAAGCUGUUGUCUGAUAUAAGUGCUCGUCUAUGGUUUACAUACAGAAGGAAAUUUUCACCAAUUGGGGGAACGGGCCCUUCAUCAGAUGCUGGUUGGGGAUGUAUGCUACGCUGUGGACAGAUGAUGCUGGCUCAAGCCCUUAUCUGUAGACACUUGGGAAGGGACUGGAGCUGGGAGAAACAAAAAGAACAACCCAAAGAAUACCAACGCAUCCUACAGUGCUUCUUAGAUAGAAAAGAUUGUUGCUACUCUAUCCAUCAAAUGGCACAAAUGGGUGUAGGAGAAGGGAAAUCAAUUGGAGAAUGGUUUGGACCAAAUACAGUUGCACAGGUGUUAAAAAAACUUGCUUUAUUUGAUGAAUGGAAUUCCUUGGCUGUUUAUGUUUCAAUGGAUAACACAGUGGUCAUUGAAGAUAUCAAAAAAAUGUGCCGUGUCCUUCCCUUGAGUGCUGACACAGCUGGUGACAGGCCUCUCGAUUAUUUGACUGCUUCAAACCAGAGUAAGGGCACCUCUGCCCACUGCCCAGCCUGGAAGCCCCUGCUGCUCAUUGUGCCCCUUCGCCUGGGCAUAAACCAAAUCAAUCCUGUCUAUGUUGAUGCAUUCAAAGAGUGUUUUAAGAUGCCACAGUCUUUAGGGGCAUUAGGAGGAAAACCAAAUAACGCGUAUUAUUUCAUAGGAUUCUUAGGUGAUGAGCUCAUCUUCUUGGACCCUCACACAACCCAGACCUUUGUCGACACUGAAGAGAAUGGAACGGUUAAUGACCAGACUUUCCAUUGCCUGCAGUCCCCACAGCGAAUGAACAUCCUGAACCUGGAUCCUUCAGUUGCACUGGGAUUUUUCUGCAAAGAAGAAAAAGACUUUGAUAACUGGUGUAGCCUUGUUCAGAAGGAAAUUCUGAAGGAGAAUUUAAGGAUGUUUGAAUUAGUUCAGAAACAUCCAUCACACUGGCCUCCCUUUGUACCUCCAGCCAAGCCAGAAGUGACAACCACUGGGGCAGAAUUCAUUGACUCUACUGAGCAACUGGAGGAGUUUGAUCUGGAGGAAGAUUUUGAGAUUCUGAGUGUGUAGAAUCCUGGGAACUCAACUUGAAGGUCUGUCUUCCAUCUGGCACCAUAAAAACAUGAACUUAUUACAGAAAACUUUUCUAGUCAACAAGUGCCUAUAUGCCAAUAGCAUACAAACUCGAUAGCAAUCAUGACUGAGCCAAUCACUGUUUCUCAGAAAAACAAGACAAAACAAAUGACAGUAACCCUUCCCUGGAAAGAAAUAGAACAAUCAUGGAGCCUAGGAGCAGACAGAUGAGAAGGAGUUCAUUGCUUCCCAGCUUGUCUUACAUGGCUACAGCAAGUCUUCAGCUGCUGCAAUGAGGAAAUGGACAUCUAGAAGACAGGCAGCAACUCUCAGCUUGCUUCAAGCACCAGCAGAUAAAAGAUGGUUAAGCUGUUCUUCUUCAUCCUUUCAGAUGUGACCUCUUUGGGACUAAAUACUAAGAAGCAAUCUGUUCUCUUGCUCAAAUAAUAAAGUGACUGAAUCAGGGAGGAAAAGGUUCUUGUUAAAUUAUUUGAUUGUGUAGUUUAAGUAAUUAUAAUUUAUAUCAAAAUGUUUGUCAAAGAAACGAUGUCAAAUGUACACUGCUAGAGCUCCCUCCUAUUUGCGGGAAUCUUACUAUUUAAUGGGUCACUGUCCCCAUUCUUACUGAUACUUUUGUCAGAUGUCACCCUGUCCUUAAAUCAUGAUCACUUAAAUCAGGGGUCAGCAAACUUUUUCUGUAAAGGGCCAGACGGUAAAUAUUUUGGGCUUUGCAGGCCAUGUGGCCUUUGUUACAUCUACUCAACUCUGCUGUUGACAUGCAAAAGCAGUGAUAGACAAUAUGCACGUAAAUGAGUGUGGCUGUAAUCCAAGAAAACUUUAUUUACAAAAACAGGUGGAGGGCUGGGUUUGGCCUGCAGGCUGUAGCUUGCCAAUCAGCGACUUAAAUUGUUGAUUUUUGUUUGGUAAAUUAAAAAUAAAUUGUGUUUGAAGUAUACCCUACUUGGUUGACAGCCAUAUUUAGAAUUGUUCAUGUGGUAAAUUACACACUUAAUCUGUGCAUCAUAUACAAUUCCAAACCAUUUGAGGAAUAGCAACGUAAUAGGUUUUAAAGCAUGUAUUCAUCAAAUUAGCUUUGCUAACCACUUUCCUGUGAGGAUGAACCUCAAGCCCCUGCCAUAACUUCCCAUUUUCCUUUCCUUGCUCCCUUAACUUGCCUGCAUUUCACCCCAAUCCUUAAUCAAGUCCUGAGGAAGGCCAACAACUGGAAGCUAGCACCAAACCAAUUCACUUGUUUCCUUAGAUUCCAAGUUUUUCUUUUUUCCCCAGUAUAUUCCAAUGGUUCAAAAUUCAAAAGAUAUAAAAUUAUAUUCAGUGACUUGACUCUCUCUCUGAUAGGUCAGUUCCUCCCUUGAAAAUUCCCAAUGGUAUUAACUUCUUGUUUAUCCUCCCAGAGGAUGUAUUUUAUGCAUAUAUAAAUAUAUGCACACACACACACAGAACUCGGAUUUGUUUUUAAUGACUCCAACAUUCUCUUUUAUUUUAUCUACAAAUGAUCCUAAGGCUGCAGAAGUAUGAAAAUGCCUUUCUUGAACUCUUUUUUUAAUUCAAAAAAUUUAUUUAUUUUUAUCAACCUACAUCAUGCUUUGAUAUGUUGAACUCUAGCAUGUGACAGGGAUAAAAGCAGGCAUAGGCUUAUCUUGAAGCAGCUAAUGGGUUUGUUGACCGUUAGAGGACUGUUUCAGCCCUUUGACUUUGAUCAUCUUCUAAUUUUUUCCUGCCUCAGUGUUUUUUUAUAGAGUUCGACUUGGCAGUAACAGAAAUCUCUCAGGCUCUGAGAGGGACUCAUAAAUUGCAGUGAGAUGGACAUUAGAAAAGUUUUCAUAAAAGAGCAUCAAUAAAGAGUCACAUGUUCCGA